AUGACUCGCUUCGGUUUCCUCUCUUUGGCUUUGCUCUCUCUUCAGGCCUUCGCCGGUACCAGCUUCGCUGCUGAUGCUGAGCAGGCCGAAGCGGAUGCCCCAGUUCUGGCUGUCUCGGCCCAGGCGUCUUUCCCUGCUUCUGAAAUCUUUGGCAUUAAGCUUGUCAACGGUCACCCUACUCAAGCACUGAUCGACGUCUCCAACGAUGAGCCGAACCCUGUUACUGUGAACUUUGUUGGCGGUAGUCUUCGCAACCCCGAGGACCAGACCCAGAUCGCUCGCAACUUGACCGCUACUCGCUACGGUGUCGAGAUCCCCGCCGGAUCGAAGGAGACGAUCAGCUACAGCUUCGCCACCGAGAUGCACCCCCAGGAUCUGCAGUUGACUCUCUCUGCCAUUCUCUCUGAUAGCGAAGGUCGUUUCUUCACCGUCACUGCCCACAAUGGCACUGUCAGCGUUGUUGAGGCGGAUACCAGCAUCUUCGACCCCCAGAUCAUCUUCCUUUACUUCUUCCUUCUUGCUUGUGUCACCGGCACUGGUUACUUCUUCUACACUGUUUGGGUCGCUCCUUACUUCCCUCAGAAGCGCAAGUCGACUGGAAAGACCGGCGAGAAGCGCACUCCGGCCUCGAAGCGCGUUGAGACCCAGGUUACUGAGGAAACUUCUUCCACCGGUGCCGGUGCUUCCUCUGCCACUACCUACAACGCUGAUUGGAUUCCCUCUCACCACAUUGCCCGCCCCGAGGCCCGUAAGGUCAAGGGCCGCUCCAAGGCCCGUGCGUAA